AGAUCCGCGGAAGAAAAUUUCGUCUGUGCCCAUUUAACUUUUUUUGAAACAAGUGGAACAUGGCUGGACAAGAAGGUAAAAUUACUUAUGUGAAUAACGAUGAUACUGAUUGUAUUAAGAAAAUCAAAGAAAAGACUGGCAUUACGGCGGGACCAGACGCUAAAGUCAAGGGUGACAGGAAAGAAGACUCUGGUGACAAGGAAGUGAAAACAGAUGACCAGUCGAAAAAAGAUGAAGCUAACAAAACAAAAGACAAAAAUGAUGAUUUGGUUGGAGAGGACAAAAUGUUUAAGAAACCAACUAAGCGUCUUGGAGACACUCCACUUGACUUGACCGUGUCCACGUCGAAAAAGAAGAAAGACGAUGGCUUGCAGAACAGCACGGACAUGCAGAAUUCCAAUCUAAUGUACAAUGAAGAGGAUGACGAUGAAGACGAAGAGGAAGACGAAGAUGAAGAUGAGGAUGAAGAAGACGAAGAAGAUGAAGAGGAUGAUGAGGAAGAAGACGAGGAGGAUGAAGAGGAGGAGGCAGAGGAAGAGACUUAAAAAUCCUUCUGGUUGCUUAUUUUAGUUGAACUGUCCCAGUUGUGCCUAUAAUAAUAACGAUAAUAAUAAUAAUAAUUUUAAUUGAUAAUUAUAAUGAUAACAGUAAUAAUAAUUAUAAUAAUAAUAACGAUAACAGUAAUGAUAAUAAUAAUACUAGUUAUAAUGAUAAGUUCUAAAGUGGUCAGUGGUAUUGCUGCAAGCUGCUGACUGGAGAAGCAGGACUUCUAUGCUGGAGCUAACUGGUAGCAGCAGAUCUAAAAAAAAAAAGGAAUUGGUGACACCACAUCUCUUUUUGCCUCCUACUUUCUUUCCUUCUCUUCAUCUUCUCAUGUUUCCUCUUCCUCCUCCCGUGAUCUAAUCUCUUACUGACACCACCACCACCACUACUCAUCGUCGCCAGCCAGCCGUCUAUUUUAGAGGCCAGCUAAAUCAUCAGCCAACGAACUUCACCCCAAUUUUAUUUUUUUAUUUUUUUUCACGUUUCUUUUUGAGUUUUUAAAAAAUUUUUUUUUUUGCAAAUUUUCUUGAAACUUUGUAUUCGGUGCAUGUGAAUGAACAGUGUCUCCAUAGAUAUACACGCAUUUGUGUGUUUACAUAUCUACACAUGUAGAUACACACAUGUUUAUAUAUGUAUAUCUAUAUAUGUGUAUAUAUAUAUAUAUAUAUAUAUAUAUAUAUAUAUAUAUAUAUAUAUAUAUAUAUAUACACAUAUAUAUAAAAAUGUCUGACUCAGUGUUGUUAUCUUAUGUACCACAGUCUAAAAAAAGAAAAUUUUAAUCUUUUUUUUGUUUCCCCUUCUUUUGGUGAAGAUGCUUUUGUAAUAGAUGAUCCCCUGUAUAUUUACUUACUAGAAAUAAUAACCCUUUACUUCUAUCUAACCAGCUACACACCCCUCCCCAAUACUCCCUUUUUGGUUUCAGGCCCCUACGACUUUUAGAGAUUGCUUCAAUUCAACAACAACAACAAUAAUGAUUUCAAUAAUAAUAAUAAAACUGCCAUUUUUCUCUCAUUUUAAACAAUCACCACCACAUCACACCCACUACUACUACUACUACAACAUUGUCCACCACCACCACCACCACAUCACAUGCCGCCACCAUCACAACCACAAUAUAUUUUAAAUCCACAUUAUCAAUUCAUUCUUUUAGUCGUCUAUUUUCCAUUGGUUUUUGACUUCUACAAAACCUCGUUUAUUUCCCUGCUCUUUUCUUUUUCUUUGCAGUAUUUUAUACACACACACACUCACACACUCACACACACACACACUCUCACACACACUCACUCUUCAGUGUCGUUAUUCUAUUGUAAACAUGAAGAGAUAUAUCUACUUAUUUUAUGAUUAUCACUUACACAUACUGAUACUAAUAACCAGUUGUUAGAAUUCAAUACAUUUUAUGCUUUAGAGCAGGGGUUCUCAACUGGGGUCCAUAUGACCCUGGGAUGGGGGGCUCGUGCAAGCAAAAUUGGGAAUCCUCGGUAGUAUUUGAAGGGUCCAUGAAAAAACAUUUUUGAUUUUGAUGUAUUUAUUGCAAAAGACAGCUUGGUUUCUUUCUCUGAUGUUUUACAGAAUUUCCGGCCACUGGAACUUGUUCUCUCAGAGAGUGUUAUUAUUGCAAAGCCAUACAAGUGAACAUAGGGGGGCCAAAAACGAAAUAGGAAUUUUGAAAGUAUCUAUAAAGCUAGUUUUUAAACGUGGAAUGGCUAUGAGGGUCCACAAGGAUAAAAUAGUACCCAAAGAAGUCCAUAGGUAAAACAAUUGGUUGAGAACCACUGCUUUCAAGUUCAGUGUUAGGUGAGUUAUUAACGAAUGACAAAAGAACAGGAGUCUCAUAAUUCUGUUAUAAGAAGCUCUGCAUUCAGAGCUGAGUGCUUAUGUAACAUCCUAUAGCUUAUGGCAGAAACUGCUGUAAGCUAAUGAAUGUGAUUACAUGACUCCUUUUCUUUUGUCAUUCAUUAAGAUAUAUUUAUUACUGAUAUAAGAUUAACUUAUUCUAAUUAAGGAUAAUAAAUAAUCCUAAAGAAACAAUAAACUUAAAGAACAAAUUAAAAUAUUUUACUGCUGUUAAUCCAGUAAUUAAAUACUUGGGUGUGUUGACAAGAUGGCUUGGUUAGGCUUAUGAAAAUGUUUGUCAUGAAUAGGGGAAAGGGGGGGUCAAUAAAAUGUAAGUACCAGUCAAAUCCUGGGGUUGAUGUAAUCAACUGGCCUGUCCCCUUCUCCCCUCAAAACCACCUUUGCUGCCAGAACCAUUAGCUCUCCCAGCCAAGGGUACCAGUUGAGCGCUGGGGGUCAAUAGGAUUGACUUACCCUUUCCCCAAAUUUGAUGGCCUUGGGCCAAAAUUUGAAAAACCAUUAUUAUUAUUGUUGUUACUAUUAGUUAAUGCUAGUUUCUAAUGUAAUAUUUAUUGGAAUUUUUAGCUAAGUCAGUUUUAGUUAACUCUCCAUGUCAUUUUACUACAAAAUAAAUAUUUCUGUCUGUAAACGUUUACUUAAAGUUAGUGCUGUAUAUUGUGAGUGCAUCAUUUGCAAAUAACACUUUGGAAGAAAUGAUUUUUUUUUUCACUAUCCACAUUAUAGGGGGUGUGCAUGUGUGUGUGUGGGUGUGUAUAUAUAAACUAGUUUAUUCGUUACU